GGUUUCAAACAUAAAAAGGUGAAAGCUAAAAUAUAAUCUGUGAUCAGAAAUUAUAACACAAGAGUAACAAACAAGGAUUGAUAGAUGAAGAGCAUGCUAUUGUUCUUGAUUCUUCUUCACACUGUAACUCCCUCCCAGGUUCCAUGUGAUGCUCAAAAUGAAGGAUACACCGAGAAACGAAGCGACGAUAAGGUAAAGAAUGAGAAAUUAGUGGCAAUUAAUAGACGCGGUGCCGGUGGCGGCGGCGGUGGGCACGGUGGAGGUGGUGGUCACGGCGGCGGGCACAUUAGUGGUAGUCACGGGCGUGGAUUCGGUGGGUAUGGGCGCGGUGACGACAAGACGCCUGAAACUCACGGCGGCAGCGCCUCCAUGAUCCCAUUUUACGCGGCUGCUGGAGCUCACCAUCAUAAUCGUAAUAGUAACAAAGGCAGCCCUAAGAAAGCCGGUUUUAUCGUCAAUUGUUGUUGUUUAUAUAUGGUUCUUGCUUAUUGCAAUUUUUUCAGUUUGAUCCAUCAUAUGUUGUAAAUUAUUUAAUUAAAUGUUUUGAAU